CUUCCCCCAAUUGGGCUGUCAACCCAACUUUUUGGUGGUAUUCUGGAAAAAGGCGUCGACAGAGGCGAGCGUACGGCGUAUACAGUUCGAUGCGCCUCCCGAUUUUUACUAUUUGAGUUUCACCAGCAUCUUCAAAAGUGCUCAAAAUAAUAGACAAAUCUCUGAAAAUGUGUGCGCAAAUGUGUUUAGAGGGUGCCUAAAAGAGGGCGAUUGAAGUUAUUGGCAAAUUGUAAAGUGGAAGCAAACAAAAGCGCAAGGCGCACACAAAAGCUGCAUCUAAAAGUAUUUACAUAUACAGAGAUAUAAACACACGCACACCCACACCCACCCACACACACACACACACACACACAGGGCAGCCAUGCUGGUUAGGGAUAUUGAAAGUUUUGUGUAUGUGUUUGUUGGGCUUUGCGUGUUUUUGUUUACAUGCGAAGCAAACGGUAAUUCCCAAAAUGCCAUCGACAUAGAAGAGCCGGCGAGACGCCACCAUCAGCGACACCACAACAGCGAGUACGAGCGGGAGCGAGAGGAGAAGGGCUAUUGUGCACCGUACAAUGGCAAGGUGUGCAAACAGUUCAUCACUGGGCCGGUGUGGUAUAGCCUGGAGGAUCCGUCGGGCGGCUGGCGCAAUGAGCAGAUCACCACAGCACUCUGGGACGAGCUAAUUGUUGACUUGAGCGGACUGUGUCGCGAGGCAGCCGAGAAAAUGCUUUGUGCUUAUGCCUUUCCACGCUGUCACGUUGAGAAUGGCCGAGCCAUCAAGGCGCCGCUCUGCUUCGAGGAUUGCCAGGCAACGCAUUUGCAGUUCUGCUACAAUGAUUGGGUCUUGAUUGAGGAGAAGCGGGAACGCAAUAUGUACCUCAAGAGUCGCGCACACUUUCGACUGCCCAAUUGUACAGCUUUACCUCAAUAUGAUGCCAGCAUGCGCUGGCCCAGCUGCUCGUACAUAGGUCUGACCGAGAUCAAGGAGUCGGAGGUUAGCUAUGACUGUCGCAAUGGCAACGGACGUUAUUAUCUGGGCAGCAUGAAUGUGACCAAGUCGGGCAUACCCUGCCAGCGCUGGGAUACACAGUAUCCGCAUAAGCACAUACAGCCUCCUCUGGUAUUUCAGCAGCUAACUGAGGGCGAGAACUAUUGCCGCAAUGCAGGCGGCGAGGAGCCCCAUCCCUGGUGCUACACCCUAGAUGAAUCUGUGCGCUGGCAGCAUUGCGAUAUACCACUUUGUCCUGACUAUGUGGACCCGAGUGCCAAGGAUCUGAGUACGCCCAUUAAAAUGGAGGAGUUCUUUACGCCCUCGAUGAUAUUUCUUCUCGCUGGCAUUGGCUUCCUGGGCAUUGUGGCCCUGCAUCUGAUUAUACUGCUCGCCUACAAGCUGUCCAAGCCCAAGGAUUACGCGCAGCCACAGUCGCAGGCUGUGCAUGGGGAGUGCAGCGCCAAUUUGUCAGCCAGUCGGGAAACACUCGGCUCCACUGGCUUUGCGCCCACGAGCAUCAAGUGUGGCACCAUACGCAGCACUGCGACCAUACACAGCGUCAACUGUGUGAUGCUGACGACGACAGCUGCGGUGCAGCAGGAGCCGAAGACGAAGCUGAACGCACGGCUGGAGAAGCUGGAAUAUCCGCGAGGAGAGAUUGUCUAUGUGCGCUCGUUGGGCCAAGGCGCUUUCGGACGUGUCUUUCAGGCCAAGGCGCCGGGUCUGGUGCCUGGCAAUGAGGAGCUGCUGGUGGCUGUCAAAAUGCUGAAAGACGACGCCAGCGAUCAAAUGCAAACGGACUUCGAACGCGAGGCCUGCCUUCUGGCCGAGUUCGAUCAUGCGAACAUUGUGAAGCUAUUGGGCGUUUGCGCCUUGGGGCGUCCCAUGUGUCUGCUCUUCGAGUACAUGUCGCCGGGUGACUUGAGUGAAUUUCUGCGCGCCUGCUCUCCCUAUGCCACACAUCAAGCCCAGCCGCGCAAUCGCCAACAGCUAGAGGAGCUGCAGCUACUCCACAUGGCCUCGGAUGUGGCCUCGGGCAUGCUUUACCUAGCCGAACGCAAGUUCGUGCAUCGCGACCUGGCCACGCGCAACUGCCUCAUCAACGAGCAAAUGACCGUGAAGAUAGCGGACUUCGGUCUCUCGCACAAGAUCUAUCUGCAGGACUACUACAAGGGCGAUGAGAACGAUGUCAUACCCAUACGCUGGAUGCCCAUCGAGAGCAUACUGUACAAUAAGUUCUCCCUGGAGUCGGAUGUGUGGGCCUUUGGCAUCUGCUUGUGGGAGAUCUUCUCCUUUGCUUUGCAGCCCUACUUUGGGCUGACGCACGCCGAGGUCAUCAAGUACAUCAAGGAGGGCAAUGUGCUCGGCUGUCCGGACAAUACGCCGCUCUCCGUUUACGCUCUAAUGCGGCGCUGCUGGAACAGCAAGCCAAGCGAACGACCUGGCUUUGCGGAGAUCAGUCAUUGCAUUCAGCACAGCAUCGCUGAGAGCGAGUGCAAGGCGAUGCUAUAGGCUGAGCAAAUCGAAAACGAAAUCGAAAUUCCGUCAUUGUUUGAACACAUCAUCUCAACGAAUCCGUAUCC